AUGGAAGCAGCUUGGAAGUGGAAGAAAUUUUCCAUAAACACCACAGCCAUGGAAGCAGUUUGGAAGUGGAAGAAAUUUAUUUUCCAAAUCGGUAACCCAACGGUCAAUUCCAAAUAUUUUCCAAAACUAAACCCAUCUUCUUCCCUUAUAAAAUCAAUCCCAAACUCUGUUCCUCACCGCCAUCCGCCAUCCGCCAUGUCUGACCCCAACACUCUGUCUCUCCAGUAUUGCAUCCACACCCACCCCCGCAACACCACCGGCGUAGCCACCGACGCCCAACCCAUGCAAUACGCCGAGCUCCGAUUAGCCUAUUCCAACCAAUUCGUCUCUCGAUCCUCCAACCAACUCCUCCAACAAACCCCCCAAACCCUAAUCUCCGAUGCUCUCUUACCUCUGUUUCUCCGAGACCUUCAACACCCGCCGUUCCUUUCCCACUUCUUGGUCCUUCAAUUUCUCUCUACCUUCAACAUCUCCACCGCCUCCUCCCACGCCAUUUUCGAUGACAUCGCCACAUUCGCCCUCGAAUUGGCCGCCGGCGACCUCGAUCGGAACUUCCACAUUAUCGUCUAUCUCGAUUUAGUCCAAACGAUCUGGGUGGACCUGGACCUGGACCUGGACCUGGAAAUGCCUCCGAAACAAGAACCGGCGCCGGCGUCGGUGAUGGAGAGGCUGAUGAGGGAGGAAUUUGAUGGGUUUCGGCCGGAGGAGGCGAGAGAUUGCAGCGUUUGUUGCGAUGAGCUCGGUGGUGAAACGGAGGUGAGGCGACUCCCCUGCGGUCACGUCUUCCAUAAAUCCUGUAUUCUCAAGUGGCUUCAACUCACUAAUUCCUGCCCUUUGUGCAGAGCAAAAUUAGAACAAUAA